AUGUCGACUGCGACCACCGCUCCCUCCACGGCUCCUGCGCCCGUUAAGGGUAUGAGGAAAAAUGGCAAAAACUGGCACGACGCUAAGAAACCCUUCCGUCCCGCCGCCGGCAUGACCUCGUAUGCGAAAAGACAGGAACUGCGGAAACAGCACGAAGCCAUCAAGGAACAUGAAAGGGAGCUGAAGGAAGAAAAGGAGGCAGAGCGUCAGGCCCAUAUUCAAAGAAUCAAGGAACGCAGAGCCGCCAAGGAGGAAAAGGAACGAUACGACAAGAUGGCAGAGAAGAUGCACCACAAGCGAGUCGAACGUCUCAAGCGGAAAGAGAAGCGCAACAAGUUGCUCAACUCAUGA